AUGGAACACUCUGCAGAUAGUUUCGACUACCUGUUACACCUUACAAAAGGUCUCAGCACGGAAUGUAGAGCUACCCGUCAAGGAACAGAAAGAAUUGAGCUCUUGGUGCGAAGACUGGCCAAAGUGACGCAGUCCUCUUACGAAGAACUGUCAAAGGAGCCCUCUCGUCAGGUUUGGGACAAAUAUCACGAUUUGAGCGCAGAAAGCGAGAAAGACAGACUGAUACGAGAAAACUACGCUUUGAUCUACCAGAUAGAAUGUCAGGAAUACGUGUGCAAACGCAUUUGGGCCCUGAUAGACCAGAUCGAAGAUCUGUUGGAGUCCAUCAAGCAGUUUGUAGUCGAGCAAGGGGCCCACAGGGCACGCACGGCAUCUCAAUUUGUCGAAAAUGUAGUUCAAACUCGCAUCAAAUCCGUGCAAAGCAGCAGCCAAGACCUCACAGAGGCAAAUGAGACUGCUCGUUCAAAACUGGACUUGCUGAUGCAGGAACUGCAACAGGUGUGCACACAAAUCAACUGGAACCAAGUAGAGAAAGCGGAUGGAAAUCGAUACCUUCACGCAAGGGUUCUACAAGUGCAAAAUAAAUACGGGAUUAAACUGAUUGAUAAAUGA